AUGUGUAACAGACGAGUCACUCAAGUGACAACAAGUUUUGUUCGACAACUGGCUAAACCAAUACCAAUGAAAGUUGAAGAUGAUCAUCAUGAUGAUGAACAUACACAUAUUUCUCUACCAAAAACACCAACACCAAAAACAUUUUUGUCAAUGAGUAAAUUGUUAUUACGUGGAAAUGUUUCAAUUACAACUGGUCUUAAUACUGCUCUUAGUAUUCGUCAUGCGCAUACUGAUAUUCAAGUACCAAAUUUUGAUUAUUAUCGUCGUAAAGCACGUCUUGAUCCAUCGAAAUCGUAUCGAGAUGCUGGUGAUACCGCUUCACCUUACUCCUAUUUAGCUCCUGUUGGUAAGUCUAAUCUUUAUUGGAAAAAACAUCAUAUACGAUGUUGGUUAUGCCGUAAAAUUUAA